GCCGCGAUGAAGAGCAGCUUACAGUGAAAGGGAAGUAGGUCGUGGCCGCUGAAAAUGCCUUUAAGGGACAAGUACUGUCAGACUGACCACCAUCAUCACGGAUGCUGUGAACCAGUUUAUAUCCUGGAACCUGGAGAUCCGCCCUUGUUACAGCAGCCGCUUCAGACAUCCAAAUCUGGCAUUCAGCAAAUAAUCGAGUGCUUUCGAUCAGGAACCAGACAGCUUAAACAUAUUUUAUUGAAAGAUGUGGACACUAUUUUUGAAUGUAAAUUAUGCCGAAGUCUUUUCAGAGGAUUACCAAAUUUAAUUACCCAUAAGAAAUUCUACUGCCCCCCAAGUCUCCAGAUGGAUGACAACCUUCCUGAUGUAAAUGAUAAACAGAGCCAAGCCAUAAAUGAUCUCCUAGAAGCCAUAUAUCCCAGUGUGGACAAGCGUGAAUAUAUUAUUAAGCUAGAACCCAUAGAGACCAAUCAGAAUGCAGUGUUUCAGUAUAUUUCAAGGCCUGAUAAUCCCACCGAAGUCACACAGUCAAGCAGCACUCCUGAACAGACGGAAGUUCAAAUGCAGGAAGCCAGCACUGAACCAGCUAAAACCGCUCCAGUCCCGGAUACAGAGGUGGAAGCUGUCGAGCCCCCUCCUGCCGAGGUUAUGGCAGAUGAAGCUGUACCAGCAUCUGAUGAACAACCUCAGGAAUCACAGGCCGAUGUGGAAACUUCUGACAGUUCUGAUUUUGGUCAUCAGUUGAUAUGUUGUCUUUGUAGAAAAGAAUUCAAUUCCAGGCGAGGUGUCCGUCGUCACAUUCGAAAAGUACACAAGAAAAAGAUGGAAGAACUCAAAAAGUACAUUGAGACACGAAAGAAUCCAAAGCAGUCUUCUAAAGGACGCAGUAAAAAUGUUCUAAUUCCAUUAAGUAGGAGUUGUCCAGUGUGCUGUAAAUCAUUUGCUACAAAAGCGAAUGUAAGGAGGCAUUUUGAUGAAGUUCAUAGAGGACUAAGGAGGGAUUCAAUUACUCCUGAUAUAGCGACGAAGCCUGGGCAGCCUUUGUUCCUUGAUUCUGUUUCUCCUAAAAAAUCUUUUAAGACUCGAAAACAAAAGUCAUCUUCAAAGGCUGAAUACAGUUUAACUGCAUGCAAAUGUCUCCUUUGCAAGAGGAACUAUAGUUCACAAAUAAUGCUUAAAAGACAUAUGCAAAUUGUACACAAGAUAACUCUUUCUGGAACAAACUCUAAAAGAGAGAAAGGCCCUAAUAACGCUGCCAGCAGUACAGAAAUAAAAGUUAAAGUUGAACCAGCAGAUUCUGUAGAAUCUUCACCCCCUUCCAUUACCCAUUCUCCACAGAAUGAAUUAAAGGGGACAAAUCAUUCAAACGAAAAAAAGAACACACCGGCAGCACAGAAAAAUAAAGUUAAACAAGACUCUGAAAGCCUUAAAUCAACCAGUCCGGCUGCUGCAGGUGGCCCGCAGAAAACCAGGAAACCAAAACUUUCAGCUGGCUUUGACUUUAAGCAACUUUACUGUAAACUUUGUAAACGUCAGUUUACUUCCAAACAGAACUUGACUAAACACAUCGAGCUGCACACAGAUGGAAAUAACAUUUAUGUUAAAUUCUACAAGUGUCCCCUUUGCACUUACGAGACUCGUCGGAAGCGUGAUGUGAUACGACACAUAACUGUGGUUCAUAAAAAGUCUUCCCGCUACCUUGGGAAAAUAACAGCCAGCUUAGAGAUCAGAGCUAUAAAAAAGCCCAUUGAUUUUGUUCUAAACAAAGUGGCAAAAAGAGGUCCUUCGAGGGACGAAGGAAAACAUAGUGAUUCAAAACACGAUGGCACUUCUAACUCUCCUAGUAAAAAGUACGAAGUAGCUGAUGUUGGUAUUGAAGUCAAAGUCACAAAAAACUUUUCUCUUCACAGAUGCAAUAAAUGUGGAAAGGCAUUUGCCAAAAAGACUUAUCUUGAACAUCAUAAGAAAACUCAUAAGGCAAUUGCUUCUAAUUCACCUGAAGGAAACAAAACCAAAGGCCGAAGCACAAGAUCUAAGGCUCUUGUCUGGUGA